GCUCUGUGGGUAUAAAGAGCCCGGGGCGGCCUCGCCUUGCCCGCAGAGCUCGCCUGAGUUGAGCGUCCGCCCGCCCUGCGUGCCAGCUGCGAGUAUGGAGGUGAUGGACGCCUGCCAGUUCUCUCCAUCCUCGGCCGCCGCCGCCGCCGCCUUCUACUACGAGGGCUCCUCCUGCAGCAGCAUCCCUUCCCCCGAGAGGGAGCUGGCCGAGGAGGAGGAUCUGGCCCAGCGGAUGGACGCCCCCGCCGCAGCUCCCUUCGGCACCCACCCGGCCGAUCUGCCCGGCUCCGACGGCGAGGAGCACGUGCGGGCGCCCCGGGGCCACCACCAAGCCGGCCACUGCCUGCUGUGGGCGUGCAAAGCCUGCAAGAUGAAGGCCAGCACGGUGGACCGCAGGAAGGCGGCCACGCUGCGCGAGAGGCGGCGGCUGAAGAAGGUCAACCUCGCCUUCGAGACCCUCAAGAGGUGCACCACGGCCAACCCCAGCCAGCGGCUGCCCAAGGUGGAGAUCCUGAGGAACGCCAUCCGCUACAUCGAGAGCCUCCAGGAGCUGCUGCGGGAGCACGUCCACCACUACUACCGCUUGCCCGGGCAGCGCUGCUCCCAGCCCACCAGCCCGACCUCCAGCUGCUCCGACGGCCUGGCUGAAUGCAACAGCCCUCUGUGGUCCAGGAGAAACAGCACUUAUAACAAUGUCUACUGUUCUGAUCUUCAAAGCGUCUAUUCGUCAGAUGCAAGUACAGCUCUUUCCAGCCUGGAUUGUUUAUCCAGCAUAGUGGACAGAAUCUCUUCCUCAGAUCAGCCCGGGCUGCCACUGCAGGGCACUGCUUCCCUCUCUCCCAGUGCCAGCCCGGAGUCCCAGCCAAGCACCCCUGAGACUCCUCAUUCCAGGCUCAUCUAUCAUGUACUAUGAGAUGCCUGAGAUCUGAAACCAGCUCCAAUGAUGCUUGGGCAUUUCUAAGCCCAGCAGCAGCAAGUUGAGAGACUGUCCAUUGAAAUACGAUCCUUGGAAUUCCAGUGGACCAAAAAUAUGUGUAUAGAAGUGCAGUCACUUUAAACUGUAUAUACUGUGAAUAUCAUUGCCCCCUUUACAAGGGAAUAAAACUGUAUUUAGCCCAACAUCCAUAUUUUAAUAUUAUAUACUAUAAAUAUGCAUCAGGAGUUACAUUGUACCAUAUUAAUAUCUUAGUAAUAAUAACAAAAUGGAUGCAGUACAUCCACAGGUGGGUCAGAUAUGAAAUGCUUCAUGUUUUGGGAUGCUCAAAUAAACAAAUAUAAUUUGUUAACU